AUGCCCCGAACAUUGCAACCAGAGCCUACCGCAAACGCAGAUAUGCCAGAGGCCUUGGAGACAAGGCCUCCCAGUGGCCGCAUCGAAGAAGAGGCAAGGGCAAAAAGUCCGAAGAACAAGCCACCCGCCCAAGCUCAAAACAACCACGGGAGGAGGUCCCGUAGAAGAGAAUCCAGAAGGAGACGGAAACAACAGAAGAGAGAGGCGGAUGCACAGCAGCUGCUGCAGAACGUGGGAAGAGUCGCUCCGAUCCAGCCCUCCGAUGCCGAACGGCUGACCGACGUCGAUGUCCAGCCUGGCACUGAACUGAGCCGGAGCACCUGUCAUGACGGCAUGGACGACGACGAGACAGUUUCCAUCUUGGGAGGCCUUGCAGAUUUGUUUUCGACAGAUGCGACCGAGGGAACGAGCGCUAAUACCGCCCCUGCUCCUGAUGUCACGAUGAUCGACCACCUUGAUGUCGGACUGGCCGGCCCACUGGGCAUAGAUCUCGGAAUUGCUGCGUCUACCUCGCCGUUUGGUCACGAGGCCUUCCCCAACGAGCCCUCGUCGGAUCAGAACGGCGGUUGUGGGUUGUCUAUCACCUCUGUGUGGGGCUUCGCUCCCGUCAUUUCAUACUCCUCCAUUGCCGGUCCUCCGCCUCGCAUGGUGGCAAUACACAGCGCGGAUGGCUGGAAUGAAAUGCUCUACGGUGACUUCGCCCCGCUGGGUCGUCUCAAUAUCUGCCCUUAUUUCCAAUUCACAGACUUGCUCGUCAGGGAACUCGUCGCCGAUCCCGCUCGCACCGCAAAGCUUACUCAGAUCACGGUCGGCAACUCAGACUGCCGGAAUUUCCUGACCGAUAACGGGCUCGAAGACCUCGCCUGUGGUUGCCCCGCCCUGGAGUACCUCACCAUCCACGGGGCGGUGAAAAUCUCGGACCGGGGCUUCCAAGCUGUCAUAGACAAAUGUCCGUCCAUUCGCAGAAUCGCGCUCUGCGGCAUGGACUACGAGCCGAACAACGUCUGCGGCUCCGCGCUGGUCAAACUAAUGGAGCAACCUUUCAUAGCCCUAUACUUGGAAGGCAUCGUGCUCAGGAAUACGGCCGUCCACCCGUUGACUGUACGGAGGCUGAGAGAACACAGAAACCAGCUGAAGAUCUCAGCGGGCCCAUGGGACAUGGAGCCGGGCUACCUGUAA